GUCGGUCGGUCGGUCGGUCGGGCGGGCGGGCGGUCGUUAAUGAGCGAAUGAGCGAGGAGGGGUAGUGUCAUUGUACGAUCAUUGUUAGCGUCGAAAGGAACUGGGCAUUGUGCUGUUGGCAGCCGUUCGCCCGACCCGUGAGGAUCACAAUGAUAUUGACUUAAGCGACAUUGCGGUGUUGCUACUGCCGACCGACCUACCGACCGACCAAACGAAGGAUAUGAACGACGGGGGUGGCGUUGCUGUGGCCAAUCCGAUCGCUUUCGGACAGCUGGUCAGCGCUGACAUUGAUCGCAACUGGUCGCAACCGCGGCAGCGCGCCGAGGUCGACGGCGGCGGCUCUUCUGCUUCUUCAGCACCUUUUCUGCACUUCAACGAGUUCCUGACCAACGCGACCAAAGACAGCGGUGACGCGAUCCGUUUUGAAUGCCGAGUCGAUGGCACGACCCCGAUCCGAUUCAAGUGGUACAAGAACAACGCGCCGUUGCUGAAGGAAAAAGGCGGUCGCGUCCGCAUCAAAAACGGAGAGUUCUGGUCUCGCCUGCGCAUCAACAACUUGGAGGUUCUCGACUCCGGUUACUACCAAUGCAGUGCGCGCAACCGUGCCGGUGUCGUGAACAGCACUGGUGUGUUGGUGGUACGAACGAUUUUCUCUAUCACCUACCUCAUAAUAGUCCUUUUGAGCUUUGCGCUGUCUCCAGUUAUCAUUCCGAGCGAGAAGCUUGGCCAAUAA